AUGUCAACAUUAACGCAAAGAAAAGUACCAGGGAAGACUGAGAAUGCCAGUCCAGCAGUAGUGUCUACUGAUCCACCAGAAAAUAAGCCAGAAGAUAGAUCAGCGAAAUUCAAGACUCAUCCACCACAGCUAAAAAGCCAUAAAGUGUUUGUUAGGAUUAUUUUGGCAGGAUGUGUAUUUGCCCUUGUGUACUUUACAUCAAAUAAAGAGAAGACAUCAACAUUAGCUGGCUACAAAGAAGACAUUCCCCUUCGAGAACAUAAACUAAUUUGUUCAGCAGACAGCUUUACAGAGGCGGAAUUUGAAAAGCAUCCAAAAUGUAUUUCAGCAUGUAAACGAUUUGUCACCGAUAAUCUCAUGAAUGAAAAUGAAAUUUCGCAGCUUCAAGAGUUGGCAAGGAAAAUUUUCCAUAAUCACGACGAGUCGUCAGAAAUUUAUCACAUAAACUCAAACUCGAUAGCAUUAGAUGAUGUAACUAAAAGCAUACACGACACAAUCAAGUCGAUUCAGCCGAAAAUUAUCGAGAAUAUUGCGCAACGAUUUGAAAUAUCACACAAUUUACUUUACCUAACUAGCCCAACUUAUUUCUCGAAGAUUACAAAUGUUACGACCGAGUACUCUGAAUCGAUGCAUCGUCAUCAUUAUGAUAAGGAAAUUCAGAAAAAUGUUCAUUAUUCUGUUGUUAUUUUCCUAUCAAAUUAUAAGCGCAACUUUCAUGGUGGACGAUUUAUUUUUGUGGAAUUUGAGAAGAAAAAGAAGAAGAAUCACAUUGUAGAUCCAAAGGCUGGAAGAGUUGUUGUUUAUUCUGCUGGUGGCGAGAAUACACAUGUCUUAGAAAAUAUCUUAAAUGGUAACUUAGUCAGCUUAACAUUAUCAUUUACAUGUGAACAUGAAGAAACUACUGAGAGAUAA